UUUCCUCAGGCAGCGGCAUUAUGAUAUGUAUUUAGACGUGGCGGUGUCUAGUAGUAUUUGCACUCUCGUCUCGGACUCGUCGCUGCACGCAUCAGUUCCUGGAGGCAGAGGAGAGCAGCUGGGAGCGCUCAGAGCCACGGAGAGACAUGUCCCUGCUCUGUGUCGGAGUGAAGAAAGCCAAGCUUGAUGGACCCCAGGAAAAAUUCAACACCUACGUGUCCCUGAAGGUGCAGAAUGUCAAGAGUACCACCAUUGCCGUGCGUGGCAGCCAACCCUGCUGGGAGCAGGACUUCAUGUUUGAGAUUAAUCGGCUGGAUCUGGGCCUAACAGUAGAGGUGUGGAAUAAAGGACUCAUCUGGGAUACCAUGGUGGGCACCGUUUGGAUCCCUCUACGCAGUAUUCGGCAGUCCAACGAGGAAGGUCCAGGGCAAUGGCUGACCUUGGAUUCCCAGGUUAUCAUGGCAGAAAAUGAAAUCUGUGGCACCAAAGAUCCAACCUUCCACCGUGUUCUGCUGGACACACGUUUUGAGCUGCCAUUGGAUAUCCCUGAAGAGGAGGCACGCUACUGGGCCAAAAAACUGGAGCAGCUCAAUGCCAUGAGAGACCAGGAUUACUCAUACCAAGAAGAGCAAGACAGGCCUUUGCCAGUUCCAGCAACACAGUGCUGUAACUGGAGUUUGUGGGGAGACCAUCAAAGUGAGGAUCCCGACAGUGCGGUGGACGACCGCGACAGCGACUACCGCAGUGAGACCAGCAACAGCAUCCCACCCCCAUACUACACCACCUCGCAGCCCAAUGCCUCCAUGCACCAGUACCCUAUGAGGCACCCUCACGUCUCUCGUACCCCUUACAAUGACUCCAUCCACAGCUGUGAUCUGGACUACGACCACCAGAGGGCAAUGAGACGCAAUGAUAGUUUAGACUCCGCCACCAACGGCCGCAGCGAUCUCGAUUCGGCCUCAGGUUCGAGCCGGCUGACCAGCCGCCAGUACUCUGUAGACAGUAGGCACUCCCUCUCCGAUAGCCCCACAGGCAGUAGCCGUUAUGCCUCCUCGGGGGAGCUGAGCCGCGGCAGCUCCCAGCUAAGCGAGGAGUUUGGCCCAGAAGAUGGGGAGAGCAUGCGUGGGUCCGAGCCAUACGAUGAGAAUGACUCCUACCAUUCCUGCCACUCGUCUGUCAGCUAUGGCAAGGACUCACCUGACUGGGACCCCGACGAGCCGCAGGGUGCCUACAGUGAUGAGGGCGGCUAUUUAAAGGAUGGUGGGGAGGAGGGAGCCCUAUAUGAUGAAGAGGAUGGCAAGCUGUAUGAGCCGGAGGAGUGCAAUUACAACUACGAGGAUGAGGAGGAGUACGAGGAGGACGAGGACCUCUACCCUCUCGAUGGCACCCUGAGCGAGGACCAGGAGCCCCCGUACACCCCAACCCCCACUAGUACGGGCCCCACCCUGGCUCCCGAGGCUACGUCUGCACGGCCCCCUUUGGAGAAGCAGACCUCCCUUCAUCUACAGCAGCAGCCUCAGGGCUCAUCUCCUCAGCCCCCUGUUACUCAAGCACAGGGCAUGACUCCCAGCCAAGCCCCACCAGCACUGACCAAACCCCAGGCAGCAGCAGCCCAACCUACAGCUGGCCUGGCCACUGCAGCACAAGCUCCGCCCUCUGCAGCUGCCACAAAGUCAGCUGCCCCCACAGACGAGCUUCGUCCCUCUGAAGAGGCCCCAGGGACUGAAGCUGCACCCCCUGCCCCGAAAGAGGAGAGCGAGGCCUUACCUGACAGCUUUCCCAGAGUUGAUGAGACCCAGGAGUCUCGGGCAAAGGCCAACUGGCUGCGUGUCUUCAACAAGGUCCGCCAGCAGCUACAGGAGGCUCGUGGGGAGACAUCUGGAUCCCAGUCUCUGUGGUUUCAGGGCGGGCCGGGUGGAGGAAUCUAUAGCAUAGACAGCAUGCCGGACCUUCGGAAGAGGAAAGCCAUCCCUCUAGUCAGAGACUUGGCUAUGUCUCUUGUCCAGAAUUCUCGUAAGGCAGGAAUCACAUCUGCGUUGGCCUCCAGCACGCUGAACAAUGAGGAAUUGAAGAGCCAUGUGUACCGCAAGACCCUGCAGGCACUGAUCUAUCCCAUCUCCUGCACCACACCACACAACUUUGAGGUGUGGACAGCUACCACUCCUACCUACUGCUAUGAGUGCGAGGGGCUGCUCUGGGGCAUCGCGCGCCAGGGUAUGCGCUGCACCGAGUGUGGGGUCAAGUGCCACGAGAAGUGCCAGGACCUGCUCAAUGCUGACUGCCUCCAGAGAGCAGCAGAGAAGAGCUCCAAGCAUGGCGCAGAAGACCGAACCCAGAACAUCAUCAUGGUCCUAAAGGAUCGCAUGAAGAUCCGAGAGAGGAACAAGCCAGAGAUCUUUGAGAUGAUCCAGGAGGUGUUUGGUGUUGUGAAAACCACCCAUGUCACUCAGAUGAAGCAAGUCAAGCAGAGUGUGCUGGAUGGUACCUCUAAGUGGUCCGCCAAGAUCAGCAUCACAGUCCUAUGUGCCCAGGGACUCCAGGCGAAGGAUAAGACUGGCUCAAGUGACCCCUACGUCACGGUCCAGGUGGGCAAGACUAAAAAGAGGACCAAGACCAUCUAUGGUAACCUGAACCCAGUAUGGGACGAGAACUUCCAUUUUGAAUGCCACAACUCCUCAGACCGCAUCAAGGUUCGUGUGUGGGACGAGGAUGAUGACAUCAAGUCCCGUGUGAAGCAGAAGUUCAAGAGGGAGUCUGACGACUUCCUGGGGCAGACCAUCAUAGAGGUCCGCACGCUGAGUGGGGAGAUGGAUGUCUGGUACAACCUUGAUAAGCGCACAGACAAAUCGGCUGUGUCUGGUGCCAUCCGGAUGCACAUCAGUGUGGAGAUCAAGGGGGAGGAGACAGUGGCCCCCUACCAUGUCCAGUACACCUGUCUGCAUGAGAAUCUGUUCCACUAUGUGACAGACAUCCAGAACAAUGGUGUCGUGAAGAUCCCUGAUGCCAAAGGUGACGAUGCAUGGAAGGUGUAUUUUGAGGAGACGCCCCAGGAGAUUGUGGAUGAGUUCGCCAUGCGCUAUGGAGUGGAGUCCAUCUACCAAGCCAUGACCCACUUCGCCUGCUUGUCAUCCAAGUACAUGUGCCCUGGGGUGCCCGCCGUGAUGAGUACUCUGCUGGCCAACAUCAACGCAUACUACGCCCACACCACCCAGGCCACCAACAAUGUGUCUGCCUCCGAUCGCUUUGCCGCCUCCAACUUUGGAAAAGAGCGCUUUGUAAAGCUCCUCGACCAGCUGCACAACUCUCUGCGGAUCGACCUCUCCAUGUACCGGAACAACUUUCCUGCCAGCAGUCCUGAGAGGCUGCAGGAUCUGAAAUCCACAGUUGACCUGCUCACUAGUAUCACUUUCUUCAGGAUGAAGGUCCAGGAGCUGCAGAGUCCACCCAGAGCCAGUCAGGUGGUAAAGGACUGUGUGAAGGCUUGUCUCAACUCCACCUAUGAGUACAUCUUCAACAACUGUCAUGAGCUCUACAGUCGCGAGUACCAGACCGACCCGUCUAAGAAAGGGGAGGUCCCCCCUGAAGAACAAGGCCCAAGCAAAAACCUGGACUUCUGGUCUAAACUCAUCACCCUUAUUGUGUCCAUCAUUGAGGAGGACAAGAAUUCUUACACACCCUGCCUCAACCAAUUCCCUCAGGAACUGAAUGUAGGGAAGAUUAGUGCAGAGGUGAUGUGGAACCUUUUUGCUCAGGACAUGAAGUAUGCCAUGGAGGAGCAUGAGAAGAACCGCCUGUGCAAAAGUGCUGACUAUAUGAACCUGCACUUCAAGGUCAAGUGGCUAUACAAUGAGUACUGCAAGGAUCUGCCAUUCUUUAAGAAUCGGGUUCCAGAAUACCCUGCGUGGUUCGAACCGUUUGUGAUCCAGUGGUUGGAUGAAAAUGAGGAAGUCUCCCGGGACUUCCUGCACGGAGCUCUGGAGAGGGACAAAAAGGAUGGAUUCCAGCAGACUUCGGAGCACGCGCUCUUCUCCUGCUCUGUGGUGGAUGUCUUCUCCCAGCUCAACCAGAGCUUUGAGAUCAUCAAGAAGUUAGAGUGUCCAGACCCUCAGAUAGUGGGUCAUUACAUGAAGAGGUUUGCAAAGACUAUUAGCAAUGUGCUCCUGUCUUAUGCUGACAUUAUUGCCAAGGACUUUGCCAAUUACUGCUCAAAGGAGAAAGUGCCCUGCAUCCUGAUCAAUAACAUACAGCAGCUGCGAGUCCAGCUUGAGAAGAUGUUUGAGGCCAUGGGAGGAAAAGAUCUGAACGUGGAGGCCAGUGAUAUUCUAAAGGAGCUGCAGGUGAAGCUGAACAAUGUGCUCGACGACCUCAGCAGGGUCUUCGCCACCAGUUUCCAGCCUCACAUAGAGGAGUGUGUCAAGCAGAUGGGCGACAUUCUAAGCCAGGUGAAAGGAACCGGCAACGUGCCAGCAAGCGCCUGCAGCAGCGUUGCCCAGGACGCCGACAAUGUGCUGCAGCCCAUCAUGGAGUUUCUGGACAGCAACCUGACACUGUUUGCCAAGAUCUGUGAGAAGACAGUGCUGAAGCGUGUCCUGAAGGAGCUGUGGAAGCUGGUGAUGAACACCAUGGAGAAGACCAUCGUUUUGCCACCCCUCACUGAUCAAACGGGUACACAGCUUAUCUUCAAUGCUGCCAAGGAGCUGGGUCAACUGUCCAAGCUAAAGGAGCAUAUGGUGCGCGAAGAGGCCAAGGCACUAUCUCCCAAACAGUGUGCUGUGAUAGAACUGGCCCUGGACACCAUCAAGCAAUACUUUCAUGCCGGCGGAGUGGGGCUAAAGAAGACCUUCCUGGAGAAGAGUCCCGACCUGCAGUCCCUGCACUAUGCCUUAUCCCUUUACACACAGGCCACGGACAAACUCAUCAAAACCUUUGUCCAGUCCCAGAAUGCACAGGUUCACGCAGGGAAAGGGGUGAGAUACACCCAUAGCGAGGAUGUGUACCCAGAGAAGGGGUCGGGUGUGGAGGAUGCAGUGGGAGAGGUGUCCAUUCACGUGGAGAUUUUCACACACCCCAACACAGGAGAGCACAAGGUCACCGUGAAGGUGGUGGCAGCAAAUGACCUGCGGUGGCAGACUUCGGGAAUAUUCCGGCCCUUCGUGGAGGUCUACAUUAUUGGUCCUCAUCUUAGCGACAAGAAGAGGAAAUUUGCCACCAAAUCGAAAAACAAUAGCUGGGCCCCUAAGUACAACGAAACGUUCCAGUUCACCCUGAGCAACGAGGCAGGGCCUGAGUGCUACGAGCUCCAAGUGUGCGUGAAGGACUACUGCUUCGCCCGGGAGGACCGCACUGUGGGUCUGGCUGUAAUGCAGCUGAAGGACAUGGCAGCGCGGGGCAGUGCCGCCUGCUGGCUGCCACUAGGCAGGCGCAUCCACAUGGAUGAGACGGGCCUAACCGUGCUGCGCAUCCUGUCUCAGCGCAACAACGAUGAGGUGGCAAAGGAGUUCGUCAAACUGAAAUCCGACCAACGCUCUGCUGAGGAGGGCCGAGGAAGCUAGGAGAGCGAGCGAGCGAG